CGACUAGUUAGGUAGUACUUCAGCGUGCACAAAAGCAGACUGUCAGAAUCUAUAAAGUCCCGGGCUAUCCUCUGGAUAUCGUGUCUUUCCUAAUCCGCAGCCUACCCAACUAUCUAAAUCAAGACAGCCCUCUAAUAGAAUCAAUAUGGUACUUUCUUGGCCUCUUCUCUCAUAUAUUGGAUGUAUCUCAUCCCUAUGUCUUCCUACCCCUACUUUGGGGCUUGCUCUACCGCCUGAGGGCAAGCUACUCGAAGCCCGUCAGAGCUCGUUUCAAACUAGAAUCGUUGACACCGGGUCAAUGUUUAGCCAGGAAGACAAUGGAGUAUGGCAGUUGAUCGACGCCACGGGUGACGGUAUCCUAGACCUUGCCUAUAUCAAGACCAAGAACACGAAAUCCAAGUCAGUCGAGGUGCACAUCGCCUCUUCAUCGGGCUUUAAGACCCGCGUCUUCGGCGCUGGGACUACGUUCGCCGAAGAAAACGACGGCACUUGGCUCCUCGUGCCCUCGAAGAACAGUGCGCUCCCUGACCUCGCAUUCAUCAAGACGAGCAAUACGCCGUCAGGAAGAGUCGAGGUGCACAUCGCGUCGGGCGCCUCCGGCUACAAGAGCCGCAUUCAGCAGACCGCGACAAUCUUCGGGAACGAAGACAACGGAUUCUGGAGUCUAUACGACUACGACCGCGAUGGUAUUUUAGAUCUCGUCUAUAUCAAGACGCGGAACACGAGCAGCGGCAAGGUAGAAGUCCACGUGGCCUCCGGUGCGUCCACAUACAGUCGCCUCAUCCGGCAGACUGUGACGAGUUUCGCGGUGGAUGGAAACAACGGUUUCUGGUCGCUGGCUCCGUACUCAUUCCCUAUAGAGGCUGAUCUCGUGUAUAUCAAGAAUACGGGGACGAGCACAGGUCAAGUUGAGGUCUCUGUACUUUCUAGGUCUUCUAACUUCCAGACGCCGAUCUUCCAAGGCGCAAGCAUAUAUGCUCAAGAGACGAACGGGGUAUGGAGCAUGAUCGACUACAAUCGGGAUGGGGCGCUAGAUCUGGCGUACAUUAAGUACCAGAACUCGGUCACGGGGACCACAGAAGUUCAUGUUGCUGCUGGUUGAGGGGCUACCAAGCCUCAGUUUCAUCCGGAGAUAGUAGGGAAUGCUGAUUACGAUCGUAAGGUGAAUGGAGGUUCAUUUCAUGACGCAAAGUAUUUUAUGUAUGGUCUAUA